CGCAGAACAUUGUUUUCAUUUGACUUGAUUUUUGUAAUGGCAUUCUCAUGUAAGAGGUGAAGAGGCAAUCAGUGCUUAUUGUGUUGCUCUCAGACAAACGGCUCAGUAAUUGGAACUAAUAAGGGAGAGAAGGUGUUUAAUGAUUUGUUCAACUGAUUGUCGACUUCCUUAACUACACUGCUGAUCUGACUAAUACAGGACCAGGAUGAGGAAUAAAAGAAGACUAUUGAGAUGAUCCAUACAGGGAAAAACACAAUGUAGAAAGGCAUUCAGAGUAAGAGUGAUGUUUGUCAUAUCACAAAAAAUUCAAGGCUCUCAGACCUUGAUAAUGCUCAUUUUGGCAAAAUGAAAACUUUCACAAAACAAUGACAAUGUCAAUGCAUUUUAUUUUAUUCAAUGCAGCGUCAAACACGGGUUUCAUCCCAAUAAGCUUUCUGGUUUUUUUACCAUCCAAUAUGAAUUCAUGUGAGGUCAAUUUUGAUCCCUUAUACUCUGAGGACUUCGGGGAUCAAAUGUGUCCAAUAGUGUUGUUUUCAAAAGCAUUUCAGUGAGUGUGGGGCUCACACGUGUUACUCCUGCUUUAUGUCACUCAAAUCGGUAAGUACGUGCUUUGAACUCUGAUCCACUUCCUCAGAUAGGUGACUAUUAUGCUGAGAGUUGUUGCCCUCCUCAGUGUCACACGUACUGAUGGACUGGCAGAGGUCCCUUCUGCACAGGAACUAGCCAGGUCUGAGAAUAGAGUCUGGGAUGGCUGGAAUAGUUUCCACAAUGCAGAGCAGGGCUUCAUGACGUAGAGCUAACUGUUCCUUAUCUUGACAGCACAAAGACAUACUUUCACAUAAAUCUUCACAGGUAACAAACUUCUGGAAUAACGUGUUUUGUCUUGACAGAGAAAUGAAAAAUGAUGUAUAUUAAGUCGUAAAAUACAUAUAAAGAAACCUCUAAAACAACACGAGGAGCACAAAACCCCCAAAACUGAGCUGAUUGGUCCACAGAGAAGAGGGGAGGAGUUUACAACAUGACAUCAAACUGAGGUAGUAUAAAUAGGAUCCAGGGCCACAUUCUGCUGCGAGCAAAGGGAUGACUGAGACUACUAACGACAACUUGCUGCUCAUGGAAGUGUGUAAGUUUAAUUUUAGACUCCUUGAAGACUUUUUUUUAGCUCAAUUGCAACAUUGCAUUAAUCUUUUUUUACUUUCUAGAGUGCACAUUGAGGACAACAUUUCCAACUCUCCACACCACUUUACCAAUAUGCCAAUGACCAGUGCAACUGUCCUGCCAGUGGUUGACCUCAGGUCAGUGGCUCAGUCGGCUGGACUCGUUGAGCUUGCAGUCAGGCUGUGCUUGAACCAACGUAAACAACUGUGUCCUCAUGUCUGGGUUCCCAUCCUGAAGCCUCAGCGCCCCUGCAUCCGUACUCCAGUUUCAGAUCAGUUAUCCUCUGACAUUUUUAACCAGGCCUUACUGACCCACCUUCUCCCACCUUUUCUGGACGACUUGGAUGAUGAUGAUGUUUUUCUCCCAAUCAAGAACAAACGCGUGGUUUUCGCUGACUCGCAGGGAUUGUCCCUCACAGCCGUACGGGAGUUUUCUGAUGAAGAGGCGCACGCUGACCUCAACCUCCUGCCAUCGCUGCAGGAUUUGGGAAGCAUGACAGAGGAUGGCUACAGCUGCACUGUCAGCACCUGCUGCCCAGGAACACGCCUCAAGCUGGGCUUCCCGCAGCCCUCGGCAGAUUUUCAGGCCUUUCGAGCCAAGCUGGCAGAGUGCAUGAUAAUCCUGGAGAACUGCAGUGUGACUGAACAAGCCAUACAAGGAACCGUCAGAGUCAGGAACAUCAGCUUCCAGAAGGACGUCAGUGUUCGUAUCACCUUCGACUCCUGGCAGAGUUACAGAGAUGUGCCCUGCUCUUAUCUACAGAAACGCUUUGGAGGACCUCAGACAGACAUCUUCGAAUUUCAUAUUACCAUUCCUAAAGUGCUGGAUGCUAAAAGGAAGAUAGAGUUCUGCUUAAGGUAUUUUCCAGGAGGGCAGAGCGAGCCUUUUUGGGACAACAACAACGGACAGAAUUAUAGCAUUGCUGUGUGCGUGAGCUCCCAUCUCUGUCGCGGCACAAAUCUAUAUGAAAGGGCAUAACUCAGAUUGAAGUGUUUUGUCAUAAAGAACACAUCAGUCCUGGGUACAGAUUAAGUUAAAUUCAUCUAUGUAUUUUUUGUUGUUUUCACUCUGAAUUGGUACUUCCUGUUUGUAUAAAAUGUUUUUAAAACUG